CUUCAAUUCUCUAAAGCUAAAGAGCGCGGACGCCUUCAUUUUCCAGUCAAUCAUCUCACCGAAUAAGUCGUACUCGACCGAAAUUAUAUAAACCCACCAAGGCUCCCCUUUCCUGUCAAUCAUGCCUUUCAUCUCCUGAGCUGGCAACUGACCGCCCUAACACAGUCUUCCAGAGACGUGAUCGCUACACUUGGAUCAACUCACAAUACUUCUUCAAGUAAUCAACAAGAUGAUAUUCCGGAUAUAUUACGCUUUCCCUUUUCUUUAUACUCGAUGUUACCCCCUUUUAUCGCUCUUAUAUCGGCACAUGCUAUCAUCAAUAUCUUGAGAAUCCCUACUCAGUAUCAGUCGAUUAUCGGAUUUUACUUUAAACCUUCUUAAGAACCCUACACCCACUACAACGCAACCAUGGCAUCUGUAUUCACCUAUGACCCUGAUCCUCCAAGGGUCUCUUCGCCUUGGACUCCGCUGAGCGAGUCAGGGAAGGACGAGGGUGCUCUGGGCACACAGCUUCGCCGACCAGCACAAGAACCUCAGCCAGGGUUGCUAUCUGAGUAUGGGGUCAUCAAACUACAGGCCGAACCACAAGAAGGCCCUACUGAAUACAAGCUUCACCUACUCCUCCGACCUAGGAGAGUAUUUAAGAGCAUGAGCACUGCCGGAACAUCGCGUCACGCUCGAUUAAACAUGCCCUCAACCGCCUCUCUCACGCCUUCUAGCCAGGCUCGUGAACAAACCCGCCAACAAAGGCUCCAGCACUUGACUACCCAGCUCCUGUGGAGAUUACAACAGUCCUCUCCAUAUCACGCAUCCAGUUCUAAGGAGCUGGCAAUCCCAAGACUACCUGAUGACAGCGUUGAUCUUUCUGCUCCUGUGAAGCUGAGUGAACUUGUCCCUGGAUUGGAGGAAUCAAGAGGAGCCUUGUAUGAGAUUGGUGUCGCUGAUGAUGGCACCCUUGUUGGCCUCACCAAAGAUGAGAUGGAAGAGAGUCUCACAACUUUAAGAGUAAUGGCUGCAAGCUUGGGUUGCUCUGUCGACGUUCAUCGGAGAGUCAUUGUUGGCGACUGCGAGUGGGUCGAGUCGACCGAGUUGGUCGACAGUUUUGUUACCUCACCGCAUCAAAUUAUGAGAAACGGCAAACUCUGGGUUGCCGAAGCACUUGUCAAGCCCAACUUUGGUUUCCUAGAUGAGGAGAAUGGAACUGAUAGUUCUCACAAGAAUGAGCAGGCCAUUGCAGAGAGCGCUGCCCUACCCAGCCGUGGUAGUUCAACAACACCACAGUUACGAGUCACUUUCACUGGUCCUACCACAUCAGGUAAAUCAAGUCUCUUGGGGACUCUAUCAACCGGGACACUAGACAACGGCCGUGGCAAUAGUCGACUUAGCUUGCUCAAGCACCGACACGAAGUGGCCACGGGGGUUACCAGUUCAAUAGCUCAGGAACUCAUCGGAUACAAAGACCAGUCAAUUCUCAACUACAGUCACGGAAACAUCGAGUCUUGGGUCGAUAUACAUGACUGUUCCGAGGGUGGUCGCUUAGUCUUUGUUUCUGACUCUGCUGGCCAUCCAAGAUAUCGCCGGACAGUUCUUCGUGGGCUGAUGAACUGGGCACCUCAUUGGAUCAUCUUGUGUUUGGCUGUGGAUGAUGGAGACACAGCCACCAAAGGACACGGGGUAACGUCCUCAACGCAGGAUGUUCUGGGAGUUACAUCGGUGGGAGUUGAUCUCGUCAAAGCCCAUCUUACAUUAUCACUCAAAUUGGAUAUCCCUUUGGCAGUUGUCAUCACCAAAAUGGAUCUCGCUUCCAAGACAAGCGCGCAUAGAACGACGAACAAGAUCUUGUCAGCUGUCAAAGAAGCUGGGCGUAUACCAAAAAUCCUUCGGCCCGACCAGAAGGUAUGGAGGGAUCUAGACCGAGUACCUGAUGAUGACUCGGCCAAGGUCAAAGACUUACUCAAGGGGAUCUCAGAGAGUGGCAACUUAACUGAGAUUGUUCCAAUAGCAUUCACAAGUGCAGUAAGAGGAAGUGGAAUUGGCCUCCUGCAUGCACUUUUGGAAAACCUGCCAUUGCCGCCAACACCAACCGCUCGUGACUAUGUUGGAAUGGCGUUGAAUCCAGAGCAGCCGAAAUGCCUAUUCCAUAUCGACGAUACCUUCUCUCUGCCAACAUCGUACAGCAACAUGACAGGUGUCUUGGGAAAACAAGCCGACCCAGGUAUUGUCGUGUCAGGCUAUCUCAGGUUCGGACGACUCUCUGUCGGGGACAAGAUUGUUAUUGGGCCUUUCCCACCAAAUGAUGACGAAGCUCGCGACUUAACCCCGGAGGAUAGGCAAUCUCCUGGUAGUUACGGACUCUCGAUUUCGCACCCUUCUUCUGCAGAGUUGGCCCGCAUCGCCAUGAAAAAUGCCGUCUCCGCGUCAGCGACUCCAGGGGAGUGGCAUGACGCUCAGAUUGUGAGCAUACGUAACUUGAGACUCCCUGUUCUGACUCUUGAAUCUGGACAAGCCGGAUCAAUUGGCCUCGUCAUCCAAUCACUCUCGCACCGUUCCCAGAACGGCAAUCCGGACUCCAGUAUCCCCAUUGAGCCCCCCCGUAUUCGCCGUGGCAUGAUCUUGGCGAUACCGUCAAAACAUAUGGCAGACACGGGGUUAAAGUUGCAGGCUGCGAGCGGCUUUACGGCGGUCUUUGAUGACGCAGAUACCCAGGCCCUUGCAAUCGGCUCUUUCGUAAAUAUCUACAUCGCCAGUAUUCGGACGGUGGCGCGCAUACAUCAGAUAUCGCGUCAAGAUCCAGGAUGGGAAGCAGGAGCAAGAGAAGCAGACGAGAUUGAGGAGAUAUUCGACCUCAACGACGACCUCGAAACGAAUAAUGAGAAGGAGGAACCCGAUGCGACGAGGGGUGGAGUGGAGAUGGGCUUGGAGCUUAUCCAUCACCGUGAAUGGAUCGAGAUGGGUUCACGAGUCAUACUAUUAGAAGGCGGAAGUCAGGAUAAAUCUGGACUAGAAGGAUUUGUUGGAAAAGUUGUGGAGAUUGUUGAUUGAACCUUUGAGAUUGAUUGCACGUUGUUGGUGUAGAAUACCGACACCUUUAGUUUUACUGUUUUGUAUGACGCUUUUGAAAUACUAGUUGCCUUGUUGAAGUCACAAUGUCUUUCUGAAUAUAUUUUAUCAUAAC